AUGGCUGUGUCAUUAAACCCUUUCUUAUCAUGGAACAUGUGGGGUGGUGGUGGUGGCAGAAGGAAAAAAGAGGAAGAGUCAGUUUCUCAUGGCGCUUGUCUGAAUGCGUCAACAAAUUCGGAAUGGAAUCUUGGUUUGGUGAAGGAAAACAAGAAGGUUCUACAGCCACGGCCGCAUAGGAAGGUUAGAAGGAAAAGGCAGGACAAAAGGGAAGAGACGGGAAUUGAUGGAGAGUUUGAUGGUGUGUUUGUGGCAUCUGAUGAUAGUAGCGAUUGGUGUUUUUUGUCUGAUUCGGAAUCCGAUGACUCGGAUUGGUCUAUUGGGUGGUUGGAGCCUCUUAGUUCUGAUUUUGAAAGCAGUGAUGAUGAUGAUGAGUCUGGUCGUGAUAGUUUUGCUGUUUUGGUUCCUUGUUAUUCACCUGGCUGCGAAGAGCUUGAAGGAACAAACAAUGUGCUUUUGAGUGCUCUUAAGAAUCUCCCCAUUGAAUUUGCUUCAGAUGGGAAGAGUUACAUGGAACAAUGGUUGGCUUCUCUUGAGGGUUUCGGAGCUUAG